UAUCCUAUCCUUAUUCGUUGCAGAGUUGUUAAAAGGAAAUAACAACGAAAAUUCAGUUCUCAACCAUGGUUGAUCGAUUUAAUCAAGCUUUCAAAGCUUUAUAUCAUGACCCAUUGUCAAUCCAAUGAUCAAUUCAUGUUCAUUUUUUAUCUUCUUCUCUUAUCCCUGGGUUCUUCUUUGUUGUUCAAAUAUGUCACGUUGUUUGAACAGUCCCCAAAUGUUUCUUCUUCUGGUAAUGAUAUACUAGCUUCUAGUCUUAUUAUUUUACUAAUGUUCUUUAUGAUUGCAUAUAAUUGACCAUGCGUCUAUGGAUGAAGCUACUUGUACAAG